UCCAAGGGUUUUCGGCGAAGCUUCGAUUUUGAAGGUAUCUCAACAAGAAAACACAUUUGGAGAUCAGGGGCUUACUUGAGGUGUUGUUUGGUUUUCUUCGCAGUCGUCUCGACUCUCUGUGUGUCUGGGCCUGCUCUGUAUUGGUGGUUCAGGAAGGGCAUAAGGUUGGGAGACGGUGCUGCUUCUUCUUGCCCUCCUCCUCUCUCCAUUCUUAAGAUUGUUCCUGUUUAUUUUCAGUUUGGUGUCACAUCAGAGACAAAGGAGAUCAAGUCAGCUGGGUUUCUUCAAUCUGGUUCAAGCACAAUAUUUCCAGAUCCUCGUUUUGAAUCAAAUUAUUUUUUGACGAUGAGUUCUGAAGAAUCUAAAGACCCAUUGAAAGGUUUGGACUGGAAAAACAUUGGUGAAUCUAUGCGUAAUGAACCAAGUGUAAGACCCGUUAUAAAGAAACGGCUACCCAAGAAGAUACGGCAAGUUCCAGAAUGCUACUUCCUUCCUCGAAGAUCCUUACCCUCUGCUAUUGCACUCUAUGGAUCAAUAAUUGCUGCUGGUGUUGGUGCUGGGAUGCUCGGUGAGAUUUGGAUAAACAAGAAAGUUAAAGAGGAUGGGGGCGUGAUUUGGGAGUUCGAUAAGUAAUCCCGAAACGGGCAAUUCUGGAGCAGAAAAUAACAAUCUUCCUGCCUGAGUUCCUUAAAGAACAUUCAUUCUAUAGGAACUUUCACUUUAUGAUUGGAAUUUCCAAUUUUUCAAAAUUUCUAAUUUUCAAUCCAUCCAAGUCUUGGAAAAGGGUUUAACUGAAGAUGUGAAGAGUGUUUCCUUUACACUAUGCUUGAUGGGGAGGGGGAAGUCUUAGAUACCUUCCUUUGUAGAUUACUUUGUGGCCAUUCCAGAAAUAACAACUUGAAUUCGUUAAAAUCAACCAAUCAAGAGUUGGUGGUUGAACUACGAAGAUCAUUAUUUUUACUAA